AUGAAAAUUAAUACAAAAAUUCCAAAUUAUCUUAAAUUACCUCAUCUUGGACAUCAGUGGAAAUUUUUGAAGAACAAAGAACAAUCCACAUAUACUAAUAGCAGCAUGGAAUAAUCAUGUAAACACAAUAAUAGUAGCUUGAUUUCAAAUAGUAAUAUAUGUCCUAAUCGCACUUAGUAUGAAGAAACUCCAUAAAAUAAGAAAAGGAGAUUAUUCAAAAGUUAAUCUAUAGAUGUUAAUUAAUAAUUAGAUUAAAUUGAUUCAGUAAAAGAAUCGAAUAGUGGACAAAUAAAAAAAAUAGCAUAAAAUCUCAUUUAACAAUUUAAUAGUAAUCUGAAGGCAACUGAAAAAUACUAGAACCCCUUAAAUCUCUAAAAACGACUUUCUCUCAAUUAUGAAUAAGGAUAAACAAUAUAGAAACCUUUAGUUGAAAAAAGUUAAUCAUUGUAUUAAUUGUAAAAUGAAACAAAGUAAAAUUCAACUCAUUAAGAAACUAAUGAAAUCAAUUCUUUUACUUAAUUUCUUCACUUAAUUUAAAUUAAAGGAAAGGAAAAGGGUAAAAAAAGAAAAUGUUAAAUCAACUUUUUCAAGAAGAGUUAAUCAAUGGAAAGCAUAGAUGUAGUUGAACAACAAAAAAAGCUUACGAAAUUAUUGUAAUCCAAAUUUAGAAUUAAGCCUAAAUUCUCACCAACAAUUAACAUUUAAGAUCUCCUUUAGCAAAAUUGA